AGGACGCAGCUUCCUGUCUGGCCCUGUUGAUAGUUGAUGAUUAAAAUGGCGGCAUCGGCUUUGGUAGCGACUUCCUCAGGAAAAGAUGCCAUAGCUGAGGGCUUGCUCGACCUCCUGAGACCAGCUAUUCAGCAGCUCGACCUGCACGUGCACUCGGUCAGAGAAAGCCAGGUAGAAUUAAGAGAACAUAUAGACAAUCUGGCCACAGAGUUAUGCCGGAUAAAUGAACAUCAGAAGGUGGCUCUAGACCUGGACCCUUAUGUAAAGAAGCUGCUUAAUGCAAGACGUAGAGUAGUGCUAGUGAACAACAUACUGCAGAAUGCUCAGGAACGUCUGAGGCGACUCAACCACAAUGUGGCGAAGGAGACCGCCCGGAGAAAGACCAUGCUGGAGGCUUCAGGAGUGUUCCCCUCCCGCUCCCCCAGUAAACCCUGAGACUGUUUCUCCUGCUCUGAGAACUGUCCUAAUCACUACUGGAACACGAGGAGUACAAACCUUUCUUUGACAUUUAGUUAGCUGUUUGUCUAAUGACUUGCUCAUGAUGUUGUCCUAAUAAAAGUCCUGGCUGCUAUCUGUUUAGCGUUAGGAAGACAACAGAAACAGAUUUACAGUAUCACCAGAUCCAACAUUGAUUCUACACAUAAGAUAAAUACCCCAACCCAUGGGCAAAAUGUUUUAUAAGAAUAUCAGGUGGUCUUCAUGCCUUCUUCUACUCGCGAGCUUUUCGGGAUGGUUGUUCACAAAUGUGAUCUGAACAGAUCUCUAUAAAGUGAAAAUGAUUCUGUCUGUCAGCAUCUGACUAGUUUAGUUUAGAUGUUUCCACUCUUCACAUUAUUAAUUAUUCAAUACAAGUGAAUGCUGUUACAUCACAAGUGAUGUUGUGUGCAUGAUUACUAAGAUCUUACCUUUGACAGCAAUUUAAUGACCCAAUAUAACAUUUAUGAUUCAUUUCGUUCAACCUGGGAAUCUGUGAGAAACCUUUUUCAAAUGUUUUCCAAUCUGAAAACCUUGCUUGCACUUGUGAUAGUAUUAUUAAGUAAUAUUGUUCUGAAUAUUUCAAUCAAAUGUAGGCCUACAUCUUAUUGUGGCACACUUGGCCCUGUGUUUCCUUUCAAUCUACUGCAGUAUCAUAUUCUGUCAAAUAUAAAGUAUUAGCUUACAGUAAAACUGCAGCGGGAUCUGUUCUGACGAUGCAUUUAUGAUCCUUUUUUCUUGUGACUUCUACACGACUGGCAAACUGACCACAUGUCCUCCUGCAGGCUCUCGACUGCAUUAAUGAACAACUGGCCGAUGUGUUUGUCAGAUAAUCAGAAACCCUGCUUCAAGAAGAAGUGACACCUUUAUUUGUAAUUAAUGAUAUAUAGGUUUGACACUAGCCUUUGAAAGAGCAAACAUGGUAAAAUAUUUGAAAUGUUAGAAAAGAAUAAAAUGAACUUUAUAAAUUCUAAGCAUUCAAAAUAGGCAAAUAAAAGCAUUUAGAAUUA